AUGGAGCAACCCUAUUGCUUGGUUUCACCUUCAUCAUCGUCAUCGAGUUACUGCUCUCAGAAAGGUCCUAUCUUUCCCUUCUUCCUCUUCUUGUCCUUGUUCUUCUUCUUGUCAGUGGGUUUGGCUCGAGCAGGGGAUGCAGAAGCUCUGUUAAGCCUGAAAUCAACAAUCGAUCCUCAGAACUCGUUGCCAUGGCGGCAAGGAAGCAAUGUGUGCGAGUGGAAAGGCGUGAAGGACUGCAUGAAAGGAAGGGUGACAAAGCUGGUCUUGGAGUAUUUAAACUUGACAGGGGUUCUGGACCACAAGAUCUUGAACCGGCUGGACCAACUCCGAGUCCUGAGCUUCAAGGGCAACUCUCUUUCGGGCCAAAUCCCAGACCUCUCGGGCCUCGUCAAUCUCAAAUCCAUCUUCUUAAACGACAACAACUUCUCCGGCGUUUUCCCCGCUUCCAUUGCGGACCUGCACCGCCUGAAAGUUGUGGUUCUCGCCGGAAAUCAAAUCUCCGGUCCAAUCCCAAUGUCUCUGCUGAAGCUCCGUCGUCUCUACGCUCUGUACUUGCAAGACAACCAGUUCACUGGUCCGAUACCCCCGCUCAACCAAACCUCUCUCCGAUUCUUCAACGUCUCUAAUAACCAACUCUCCGGAGAAAUUCCGAUGACCCCACCUCUGAUUCAGUUCAAUGCUUCGUCGUUUUUGGGCAACAUCAAUGUCUGCGGCGUGCAGAUUGACAAACAAUGUGGGGGCACUGUUGGGUUUCCACCGUCGAUGAGCCCAAGCGAUCAACCAAGCCCAGCGUCAAAAUCAAAGCGUGGCAAAUUGAUAAAGAUAGUCGCAGGAAGCGUAGGUGGGCUCGUGGUGGUCGUAAUCUGCUUGGUUCUGGUGUGGAUGGUGUGCAGGUGGAGUCGCGGUCGUCGUCUUGGUCGUGGUGGGGAGGCCACCAGGAGCAAAGCCGGGGUAGCUGAGCUGGCAGCAGAGAGAGGAUCAGGGGAGGGGCCCACAGGAGGACCAGGUGGUGGUGGUGGUGGCAGGGGAGGUAAUAAUGGUGGGAAACAAGGGGGGUUUUCUUGGGAAGGCGAAGGUCUAGGGAGUUUGGUGUUCUGCGGUCCAGGGGAUCAGCAGAUGAGUUACAGCCUAGAGGAUUUGCUCAAGGCUUCUGCUGAGACACUGGGUAGGGGUACGAUGGGCAGCACGUACAAGGCCGUGAUGGAGUCGGGGUUUAUCGUGACGGUCAAGAGGCUCAAGGAUGCCAGGUUCCCAAGGCUUGAUGAGUUUAGGAGACACAUGGACUUGCUUGGUAAGCUCAGACACCCUCACUUGGUCCCACUCAGAGCCUAUUUCCAGGCUAAGGAGGAACGCUUGCUCGUAUACGAUUAUUUCCCCAAUGGCAGCCUCUUUUCACUUAUUCAUGGUUCAAGAACUUCAGGAGGUGGGAAGCCUCUUCACUGGACAUCAUGUCUUAAAAUAGCUGAGGACUUAGCAAGUGGUGUGCUUUAUAUCCACCAGAACCCUGGCUUAACUCAUGGAAACUUGAAAUCCUCAAAUGUCUUGUUAGGUUCUGAUUUUGAAUCCUGCUUGACGGAUUAUGGUCUCACUUUAUUCCGAGAUCCUGAUUCGCUUGAAGAACCUAGUGCAACUACUCUGUUUUAUAGAGCCCCUGAAUGCCGUGACCUCCGAAAACCAACAACCCAACAAGCUGAUGUAUACAGCUUUGGUGUCCUCCUCUUGGAGCUCCUAACUGGGAAGACUCCCUUCCAAGACCUUGUUCAGGAACAUGGUUCGGACAUCCCUAUAUGGGUGCGUUCAGUGCGCGAAGAAGAGACGGAGUCAGGGGAUGACCCUGCCUCGGGCAACGAGGCAUCAGAGGAAAAACUUCAGGCACUUCUUAAUAUUGCAAUGGCUUGUGUUUCAAUUGCAGCAGAGAACCGACCUACAAUGAGGGAGGUUCUAAGGAUGAUAAGAGAUGCAAGGGCAGAGCCUCAAGUGUCUUCCAACAGCAGUGAUCACUCACCAGGGAGAUGGUCAGAUACUGUUCAGAGCUUGCCGAGGGAAGAACACUUGAGCAUUUGA